GCGUGAGUGGGGGGAUUGUAGUCAAUCGUAUUUGCAUGUAUGGGGGCACAUCGCAGUUAAAGAGACACAUUUAUUUACUAAUUAAAAAAGCCGAUGUGUUAAUCAAAUUGUUAAAUGUUUGUGAAAAAUGUCGAAUCCUGGCGGUAGUAGGAGGAUUGGGUCGAUGAAGAUCCGAUUAACAAUAUUGUGUGCCCGUAAUCUCGCAAGGAAAGAUCUCUUUCGUCUCCCUGAUCCUUUUGCCAAAAUCACAGUCGAUGGUUCUGGACAAUGCCACAGUACCGAUACGUGCAAAGCUACUCUCGAUCCAAAAUGGAAUCAACAUUACGAUUUAUACUUGGGUAAAAAUGAUGGAAUCACCAUCUCAGUAUGGAAUCACAGAAAAAUACACAAAAAACAAGGUGGUGGAUUUCUUGGAUGUGUUCGAAUAUUAUGCAAUACUAUUCAGAGGCUCAAAGAUACAGGAUAUCAACGAUUGGAUCUUUGCAAAGCUCAUGUUGAUGACACUGACGUCGUCAAAGGUCAAAUUGUAGUUUCACUGUUGUCGCGCGAUGGUCACAAUGGCGCAGUGAGUAAUACUGUCGGGCAUAAUGCAGUUGUAGAUGUACUUGGCGAUUUGAGUUGUCCCACAGAUCUUCCCGAUGGAUGGGAAGAACAACGAACUCCAACUGGUAGACUCUAUUACGUUAAUCAUUACACGAGAACUACACAGUGGAUUCGUCCAACAGCCAGAGCUAGCAAUAAUAUUAUACCAACAACACCUGAACCACCGCCUGUAAUUUGCUCUGAAACAUUCUCUGGCGGCAGUACAAGCAGUCCUUUAAACGCCCACAGCGAGAGUCCUUCAAGGCAAUCAGCCGAGUGGAAUACAACUCCAAAUCGAGAAGGAACUCCAAACAGAACUCCGAGUAGAGAAAAUUCUGCACAAAAUACGCCAACGCAACAGCAAACUCCGAGUCAACAGAAUACACGAAACACGCCACCUUCUUCUUCGGUUAGAGAAAGAAGACCACCGCCACCUCGACCUAAUGAUGAACAAAAUGGAAAUCCAAAUGGAAAUGUAAGAGUUGAACGUCCUUCCACAAAUACAAAUCAACCCCGAAGGCCUAAUCGAACUAAUCGUAAUCGUAACAGUGGAUUUAUUAACGGUGAAAGGAGAAGUGACGUGCAACCAUUAGAUUUACCCCGUGGAUAUGAAAUGAGAAAAACGCAACAAGGACAAGUUUAUUUCUAUCACGUACCAACCGGAUCAUCAACAUGGCAUGAUCCACGGAUUCCUCGCGAUUUAUCAGCCAACGAAUUGGAUCUCGGCCCUCUCCCAAGCGGUUGGGAAAUGCGCCAAACACAAAGCGGAAGAGUCUAUUUUGUCGAUCAUAACAAUAGAACAACACAGUUCACAGACCCUAGACUCUCAACUCAGAUAAUUAAUAAUAUAUUAAAAAGGCUGAAUGUUGGAACAACACAAGUUAACAAUACGAGUAAUUCAAGCACAAGAACUGAAACAGUUGGUAAUUCAUCACCCACACAAACAACAUCACCACCAAAUACAAAUCAACCAAGACCAAGAGUUGAACCAGUGAGCAAUAAUAAUUCCAUUACUGAAAGUUUACCGGUACAACAGACAAUAUCCGAUUUACCGAAAGAAUUAAUGGAAAGUGAAUUAUUACCCAAGUAUAAAAGAGAUCUUGUAGCAAAAUUAAAGUGUUUAAGAGCUGAAUUAAAUGCUUUACAACCACAAAGCGGUCACUGUAGAUUGGAAGUAUCAAGGAAUGAAAUAUUUGAAGAGUCCUACAGGUUAAUAAUGAAGAUGCGUCCCAAAGAUAUGAGAAAAAGACUUAUGGUGAAAUUUCGCGGUGAAGAGGGUCUUGAUUAUGGUGGUGUUGCCCGUGAAUGGCUAUAUUUACUCUCUCAUGAAAUGUUAAAUCCACAAUAUGGACUCUUUCAAUAUUCAAGAGAUGAUAAUUAUACAUUGCAAAUUAAUGCUGACUCGGGUAUUAAUCCGGAGCAUUUGUCUUAUUUUCAUUUUGCCGGGAGAAUAAUUGGUAUCGCUGUUUUUCACGGUCAUCAUAUAGACGGAGGAUUUACAACGCCUUUUUAUAAAAUGCUGCUUAACAAAGCAAUCACACUCAGUGAUAUUGAAGGCGUUGAUCCUGAUCUUCACAGAAGUCUCACUUGGAUGCUAGAAAACAGUAUUGACGGUGUUUUGGACGCGUCAUUUUCUGUUGAGCACAGUAGUUUUGGAGUUUUACGAAAUCACGAGCUAAAACCUGGUGGUAAAGAGAUGACGGUGACAGAGGACAAUAAAAAAGAAUACGUUCGUUUAUAUGUGAAUUAUCGUUUUAUGAGAGGAAUCGAGCAGCAAUUUUUAGCUUUGCAUAAAGGAUUUCAUGAAUUAAUACCGCCACAAUUAUUAAGACCGUUUGAUGAAAGGGAACUUGAAUUGGUUAUUGGUGGAUUAGGUACUAUCGAUAUUAAUGAUUGGAAAACUCAUACAAGACUAAAGCAUUGUACGCCCGAUACACCUGUUGUUAAAUGGUUUUGGCAAAUAGUCGAAUCCUACAGCGAGGAAAUGAGAGCAAGACUGUUGCAAUUUGUCACUGGAAGCUCACGAGUUCCACUCCAAGGCUUCAAGGCUUUACAAGGAUCUACUGGAGCCGCUGGACCCCGUCUUUUCACAAUUCACGCGGUAGACGCACCUAGUGAAAAUUUACCGAAAGCACACACUUGUUUCAAUCGAAUCGAUAUUCCCCAGAGUUAUCCAUGUUAUCAAAAGAUGCUCGACAAACUUACACAGGCAGUUGAAGAAACAUGUGGAUUUGCCGUUGAAUAGAUUUCAAUCAUAAAUUGGUAAAUUUGAAAUCAUACGUACAAUGGAAAGGAAUAUGGAAAUUUUUCUGCUUACUUGGGUACGUAUCUGCAUUUCAUUACAUGCAAAAUAGAAAUUGCGUUAAAAAUUAAAUAAUUUCGACUGUUAAUGGCGCUGCAAUUUUAAAAAAAUUUUUCUUUUAGUUUAAACAAAAUAACAGUCACGAAUUGAACAUUUUUAUAAAAGUUAUUUCUUAUGUACUUUGACGCUAAUAAUAUGAGAUCAAUUUCAUUAUUGAGGAAAAAUAAUAGAAAUUUUUUAAUAUUUCAAUAAUAUGUUGUAUUGUCUUAGGUAAAUAUUUAAUUUUUAAAGCUCUCUGUUUAUUGGCGUAUUUGUACAUGAAUGAAUUACUGUUGAAUACGAUUUGUAAAAAGUUAUUUCCGUUUUAUAUUCAAUUUUUUUUUCUAUUUAUUUUUUUUUAACAUGUUUUUAAAGUAAAUGUUAUAUUUGUUUUUUUUAUUUUGGAUUAAAAAAACGUGCUCUCGGUGCAAAAAAUUUAAUGAAACAAGAUUUUCGCAUAAUAUUGUCAGGUGUUUUAGAGAUCAGUUUUUUUUUGAUCGACAUCAUUGACAAAAGCGAUAAAUAUAUAUAUGAAUCGAAGCAGUAAUAAUGAGAAUUCGAAUGAUAAUAAAAGAGAGUUUAUUGACAAUAAAAGAAAUACAGGAAAAUAACAUAUCAACUCUUUCCAACGAUUUUCGGAAAAAAAAACAAUCGAAUUCUUACGGGAAUCGUAAUGUUUAAAAAAAAAAUACUAUACCAUAUCGCAACGAAUAUCAUAGCAUUGCCUUUCUUACUCAAGGAGUAAUACUUUACGUGCCUCUAAUGAAUGUUUACACAAGCACCAGGCUUAAAUGGAGAAAUAAAAAAAAAAAAAAACAUGAAAAUGACCGUAAAAUAUGCUUACGGUUCGAUUGCACUUGUCGCUUCGCGUUAAUCUGCUUUCAAAAAUAUAAUUCUAUUGUCUCAGGGUGGUUGUUAGAAAUUGAAAAUGUUGAAAUCUGAAAUAAUCUUUAACUAUCACCUUGUGACUACUUUUUUUUAAAGCAACAAAAAUUUCUCGUAAAUUAUUUUGAAGGAAAAAAAUAAUAAAAAUUUACAAUUUAAAAAAUUAACACAAUUCGCUUUAGAAUUUUUGCAAAAAUAUUGAAUAAAAUUAGAAACUUUUGUAAUGAGCAUGAUUAUACAAAAGUGCACAGCGAACUAUGCCACGACAAAUACAAAUUUUUAUGAAUAAUAAUUAAAGUCAUUUCAUAAUGGAGUGAUGCGGAUCAUUUUUUCUUUUUUGAAUUAUAGUCCGCUUUUAGGUCUAAGAUUUGUUGGAAAUGCUCUUCUUUGAGCUGAUAAUUAUAAAUAAACGUGUAAAUUAAUAUUAAUUUAAACCGUAAUUAUUUAAUAAAAAGAUUCUAUUGAAUGAAAAAUAGGAACUUACAAUUAGAUAUAGAUAGAGUCGGCUCAAUUGGAUCAAUUAAAUAAAAUAUUAUUUUUGUGUUCCGUGCGUUAAUGGGGUUUUAUCAAGGCUGAUCAAUUAACAAAAAAAAAAAAAAAAUUUAUCGUCUUUUAUUUGUUACAUGUCAUAAAUCUAAAAUUAUAUCGCGCCCAGAACUGUGAUCAAUCAUAUCGCAAGAAUACGUAAGAUAAAUAUUAUAUAUACCUGACACAAAUUGUUAGGUGAAUUUUUCUAGUUUUUAUGUAUUAUUCAGUGAAUAAUGUACUUUUCACUGAAAUAAAUCUUUCGUAACAAUUGCGAUUGGCAAUAUUAAUGAAUUUACAAUAAAUAAAGUUAGUUUAGUUUUAUGUUAUUGAUUCGAUUAAAUAAAAGGCGGGUGUUAAAAUUUUUUAAAUCGAAAAAAAAAACAUUUUAAAAAACAAAUUCUAAAUAAAGACUGAUAUUUGCUGGAUUCGAUAUUUUUCAGAAUUAGUCAACAAUAUGCAUAAUUAAAAUUUUCUUUUAGAUAAUAAUUAAAAUUUGAAUAAAUGUUUAACAGGAAUUAAUUCUUAUUUUUGAAAUAAAAUUGUCGAUCACAGAUUUGUGCCAAUUUUUUAAAUUCGAAUUACAGAGUCCUUAAAAAUGUUACAUUUUUAUUAAUUUUAAUUAACGUGAAACAAAUGUAAUCGGUUAGAUGUUUAAGAUUGAAUUGUGUAGGUUUUUCUUUUUUGUCAUAUACGUUAAGAGAAAAUUAACUCUUUUGGACAUACAUUUGUUGAAUGCCUGAAGAGUGCCUUAGAAAAAAAAAAAUUGCAACCAGUACAAAAUAAAGCGCCCUAUCUGCAAUAGAUAAAUUUAAUUGUAAACUUUUGUAAAUAUCUGAUUGCAAAAAAAAAAAAUUACUAUACCCCAAGUUUAAAAAGGUAUAUCCAUAAAUGUUUAUUUACUCUUCAAAUUUAUCACACAAAAAAAUUAUCGCCAAAUAAAAAUUAGAAACAAAUUGUAUUGUCACUGCACGAAUAUAUUAAAUUAGGUAGUAAAUUGUAACAAUAUUAUUUAUUAGUAUUAUGUAAAAUGUUCAUAAAAUCCUGUAAACUGAAAUACGAUCAAUUGUUUUUUUUAAUUGUUUAUUAUCUAAUGUUGAGAUUUAAAAUUUGUCGUUUUAACGUAAAAAGUCGAUACUCGCACACAUAAAAAAAAUUAUAAAUUGUUUUUAUUUCAUUUAUAUUAAUGAUUUAUUACAUAAAAGUUGUUAUUUAGAAACAAAAAAUGUCAAUUAUAGAAAUUCGACUUUUUACUGCAACAAUUUUUAUUCUAGACAAAUAUUAUAAUUAACCUUAUUACAAAAGGUCUUUCAGCAAUGACUGUAUUCAUUUAUUUAUAAAUAUAUUUUUAAAAAUUAUAAGAAACAUUAUUUAUUACGAUAAACUUGAGCAUAUCUAAUAUUUUAAUUUAAAGUAUAAAAAAUGAAAAAUUAUAUUAAAAAAUUUUUUUAAACAUUAGUAAAAUGUAGAAAUUAAAGAUUUCUCGAUUUUGUGUUCAUAUAAGUUGUUUUUUUUAAAAAAAAAGAUUGUCAACACAAUCCAGUGACUCGUCAAAAGCGGUAUAUUGCUUUAUGUUAUUGAAAUCUCAUCUGUUAUUAGAAAUACAUUUUAAUUUUAUAAUAACAGGUUAUAUAAUAUAAUUAUAUAUUUUUUAAUAACAGUUAUGGUAAUCGUUUAAAACAAUUCGGGUAACAUCAAUUGUACAUAUAUACGUCUCCUUUUUUUUUGUAUUUUGGAUGAAAAUGUAUAUUUUAAUAAAAUGUCCAAAUUACAAAAACACUUUUGUAAAAUUAUAGUUUUAAGUUAGUUUUUAAUAAUUAAAUCCUGUACUCCUUUUUCAAGUAAUUCAGAUGAAUAAAAUUUUAUAGUAUAAUUUUUAUGUAUAUUAGAAAAUUUUACAUAUUUAAAAUUAGAAAAACAUUUAAUGAGACACAUUUUUCAGAAAAACGAAAAUAUAAAAAUUAUCGACAUAGAAAUCUACCUUACCGACUGAUGCUAAAACAGGUUUUUAGAAAAAUUAAAAUAUAAAAAAUUACCGACACAGAAAUCUACAUUACCGACUGAUGGUAAAACAGGUUUUUUGAAAAAUGAAAAUAUAAAAAAUUACCGACACAGAAAUCUACCUUACCGACUGAUGGUAAAACAGUUUUUUUUGAAAAUGAAAAUAUAAAAAAUUACCGACACAGAAAUCUACCUUACCGACUGAUGGUAAAACAGUUUUUUU